AAACCAGCAGCCACAAUGAGUUUCAUUGAAUAUGGAGAUACGAUAAGGGACGGUGAUACAGCUAUUGUGUUCCUGGGCCACGAAUCCAUGUUUCCCGUGAAAGUCCAGCAUGGCUCUGUCACUCAGACUAAGUACGGGGUCAUCAGGCACUCCACAGAUCUCAUAGGCAAGAAGUACGGCUCCAAAGUGACCUGCAGUAAAGGAGGAUGGGUGUUUAUUCUUCACCCAACACCAGAACUGUGGACCAUGAAUCUUCCCCACAGGACACAAAUUCUGUAUUCCACGGACAUCUCUAUAAUCACCAUGAUGUUAGAACUGAAGCCAGGCUCCAUAGUAUGUGAAUCAGGUACGGGCAGCGGCUCCCUGUCCCAUGCCCUCAUCAGGACGGUGGCCCCCACGGGGCACCUCUACACGGUGGAGUUCCACCAACAGAGAGCUGAGAAGGCCCGGGAGGAGUUCCGCGAGCACGGCGUGGAGCACCUCGUCACCGUCACCAACCAGGACGUCUGCAAAAACGGCUUUGGAGUCUCCAACGUAGCCGACGCCGUGUUCCUAGAUAUCCCGUCUCCAUGGGAAGCCAUAGGACACGCAAAGGCAGCGUUAAAAGUUGAAGGCGGCCGCAUCUGCUCUUUCUCCCCUUGCAUCGAACAAGUCCAAAGAACCUGCCUGGCGAUGGAAGAACAUGGUUUUACAGAGAUUAACACUUUGGAAAUUCUGCUGCGAGUGUACAAUGUAAGGACAAUUAGCUUGCAAAUCCCUGACCUUGGAAAAGCGUCUGGGGAUAAUUCGAGCAUUGGCUUUGACAGCAGCAACCCAACAAAUGAAGGUAGCCCGUGCACUAAUCCGCAGCAAGGAACUGUGCAGUUCAAAAGUGGUGUUCCGCUCAGGGAGAUGGUUGGUCACACUGGGUACCUGACCUUUGCCUCCAAAAGCCUCUUUUAG